ACACACCUGAGGGUUCCUGGGACACACCUGGGGGUCCCUUCCAGCCAGGACACCCCCUCCUGAGGGUCCCUGCAUGGAGAGCCCCCCGGUGCCGCCCGCCCUGGACGUGGACAGGGCCGUGGCCACGGCCUUCGUGGUGCUCCUGGGGCUCUUCCUCCUCGCCAUGACCGUGCGCUGUGCCCGGCUCGUGGUGGAUCCCUACAGCGCCAUCCCCACCUCCACCUGGGAGGAGGAGCCCAUCAACUGA